GCGCUGUGCCGAUCAUGUACCGUGGUGGCCACUUGCCCCUGUACUCGAACGACGGGGGGACGUCCGCCGCGGACACGCUGCGACGACAGUUUUUCCACGGCGAUGUGCCUGGUAUGCAAUCUCUGAUCGAUGCUUUGCCGACUCGAACGUCCCUCUGCUGCGUGAAUCCAACUUCAGCCUUGUUGCGCUCGCUGCAGCCUUGGCUCGAACCUGUCGUGGCGUCUGCUGGAACGGUGCUUAGCAUUGGCUGCGGGUCGGGACUGUUUGAGAUGCUCCUGGCUCGACAACUGGAACCCAUCAAGCCGACACAUGACCACAUUGCAGUUUUUGGCGUCGACACCGCGCCUGUCGACGUGUUCCUUCGAGAUUGCUUUCGACUUGUUCGUGACGACGCUUCCAUGGUUGGCGCAGACGACGAGCAUCACUCGAUACGUGUGGCGGCGCUCUUGGCCGUGUACCUCCGUCGCCCGUCACUGUUGGUCACGUACCUCCACGCGUAUCCUCAUGUCGAGGUGAUCGUGCUACUUGGCCCGAGGAGCGAAAAUCCGUUAAUGGACAACGCAACUGCCGCUGCAGUGGCCGCGUGGGGCCGUGGUGUGGCGGAAAUUGCCGCCAACGUUGCACCUUGGGAUGUUUGCCAGGUGCUUCACAAACACGACGCGUGAAGAAUGACCCAUAGCACAAUUCAAGUUUGCCGUUGGUGCAGAGGUGCCAAGUGGUGUUUCAUGGACAACUGCCAACGGUCGCCAUGGAUCGGGACAGCGCAAGAAAAUCACGGCACGUCUGUGCCUUCAUUGUCCCUUGAGUACACACCCGGUGUCGACCUUCUAGACAUUAUAAACAUGCACGGGGCUCAAAUUUGCGUCUUUCCAUCUCACGACGCGGUGGUUGAGAGGCGAUCCA